AUGUCAAAUUUAGAAAAUUUUAACACUUUACCUGAAGAAGAUUUAGAAGGCUUGGUGGAUGUGGAAAUGGAAGAUUUAGAUGAUAUAGAUAAUAUGGAAGAAAUAGAUGAAAUGGAAGACAUAGAAGAAAUAAAAGAUGCAGAAGUUUUUACAGAUAUAGAUGAUAUUGAAAAUUUAGUAAACAUAGGUAUAGAAAAUAAAAUCACUAAUAUAAGUGAAAUACCUAUAGAAAUUAUUUCUACAGCAGGCAAUAGUAACAAGGAUAGAUCAUCACCUGUAUGGCAAUAUAUAUAUGAAAAAAAAAAUAACGACAAUAAAGUAAUAGCAAGAGUAUGUGCAAUUUGUGAACAAAACUAUAGUCCAACUACAAGUACUAGAAUUUUAAAUAGACAUCUUAAAAAUAAACAUAACAUUAUACUUACUUUGAAAAAUAGUUUAUAUUCAACUAAAAUUCCAUAUGGAAAAGAAGAUAUUGAAUGUAAAAAAGAGUGUUUUAAUGCUAUCUUUAAUCUUAUAAUUGGUGCUCAACUUCCAUUCUCAUUUAUUGAACAUCCUUUGGUUCGUGAAAUGGCAAAA